AAGCAUUUUCUGCUGCAGGUCUGAGAAAGGGCAGACUGGCAUGGAGAAAGAGAAGUUCCAGCAGAAGGCUCUGAAGCAAACUAAGCAGAAGAAAUCCAAGUCGGCUGAAUUUCUGAUGGUAAAAGAAGAGACAGCAGCAACAGAAGGCAUUGAAAAUCCAGCUUUUAACAUCAGCAGCACAGAUCUUUCAGCGUAUCAGCCUUCAGAAGAGAAAGUUAUUAAACAUGACAAGCCAAAUAGCACCCUUGCAGCUCACCAACAAAAACUCGGGCUGCAUGCCCAUGCUGAACCAAGAGGAAAUGAAUACAGCAGAAAUUACUUUGACCCGUUGAUGGAUGAGGAAAUAAACCCAAGGCAGUGUGGGAUGGAGGUCAGUGAAGAAGAUCCUGUGAAAUUUGAUGAGCAAAUGCUGUACAGUAAACUGUUGAAGCUUCUAGAUGAAGAAAACAAGAUGCUGGACUUCCAAGGCUGUGUUGCCAGUGAAGAUUUUCCAGACUCUGUGAUGCCUGUCAGCUUCGGUAAGGCAUGUGACCUUCACAGGGAGCUUGAAGAUGAAGAGAUUCCUUCAUAUAUUGAACAGUUUGAGAGAGAUGUUCAGGAUGACAUAAUUCUGCUUGGCAGCUUUUCACUGGAACAGAUCAGUGAUGUGUAUACAUCCAUCCUUUCCUUGGAAGCACAGAGAAAUGGUGCAUUCAGCCCCUCUGAACAGAGAAUGGAAGGUGACAUUGGAAGUACAGGCUGCAGACAUGCACCUCACGUCAUAUUGGUUGACUGCUCCAGGACACCACAGCCAAUAGAAAUUCACAUCAAAUGCCUGAGGGGAGUCAAAGAUAAGGUCCCUAAAGGCCAUUACACCCUCAAGGUUUCUGUUCUCAGCCGCUUAGGUGGUGGCUUGCUGGAGUGGCACAAGACGAAGGAGCAGCCUCAGGCCAGGACAACGGUUCCUGUUAGUCAUGAUGGAAACUUCUACAACACUGAAAUCUACUUCGGACAAAGUAUCCAGACAAUUCUACCACCUAGAAAAGCUGUGAAGCCAGGCAUGGUCCUCCUCUUUGAACUCUUCCUGCUUCGUGGGACCUGUACUUUGAUUGAUCGAGAAGUGGGAUGGGGAGCUUUUCCCUUGUGUGACAACAAUUUUAAUGCUUUAGAGGGAAAAUUUAAAUGUCCCUUCCUCAGAGGACAUUAUGACUCCAAAGUUAACCGAUUCAAAAAAAUUGAAAAUUUUAUUUCUCAAGACUUGGAUCAUUGGCUAUGCAAUCUCUACUUUCAGAUAAUUAAACUACCACAAGAUUCAGAUAAGCAAAAUAAGGGUGAUAUGAACCUUCAUCUCCUACCUGAACUUCUCAUGUAUUCUUCUCAUGUAUCAAGCAUUGCUGAAAAGAAUAGUGUCUCAGAGAAAGUGGAACAGUCUGGACCACAAGGGCAACCUCUGACCUCCCUGAAAGAUCCUGACACCCAUAAGGGAAGUAUUCCCACUGUUGUAAAGGAAGUGGAAAAGCAGUUUAAUGCCGCAAAAGGAGGAGAAGUGUGUGUGUCAGAAGAAGCUGGGAGGAAAAGAGAAGAGCUUAAAAUGCUUCCAGCAGGUUAG